CACGGGAGGAUCAUCAUGCCUUCUAAUCUGCCAAAUCUACGUCGACUCUUUGUCGACGCGCGUAGCGAAGCCGAAGAGAGCGCGUACUCCAGAAAGGCUUUCUACAACCUCGCCAUUUUCAUUUCUUCCGUUGCUGUGUUUAGUCUGAUGGCUCAGCGCAUGGCUUCUGCAAAGGCGAUUGCUUCGUAAAAUGCGUUGUACGAAUGGCUGUUCACCAAGUUGCACAAGAUUGUAUUGCCAUGGAGUGAUGUUGGUCGGUCCUUUUGAGCACAAUAAGAACUUGAAUUAAUCCAUCCCCCAAACUCAAAGUCCAUAACAUAUACGCAUGAGCUGGCGUGGUUCAUUCCAUUUCUCAAUACACAGAGUGUGUAUACUAGAACACACAUGAGCAUCAAUGUGUCAUGUUUGUCCAAUAGUCAAAGAGCAAAAACCAGC